UUAGGUAUCAAAAAGGUAUAAAAUGGUAAUAUUUAUAAAUUUUAUCACACAUAAACUGCUAUUAUAUCAAGAUGUAUCGUUUACUUACAGUAUUGCUUGUAGUUUCUAGUUCUUUAGCAUUUCCUGCAAAGGAAGAAAUUUCAACAAAAAAUAGCAAUGUAAGAUUUUAUGAGGCAGCCAACAAGACUCCCUUUUCGACAGACAACAUUACGAUCGAUUAUAGUACAAAUGAAGAAUUUGGCCUGAAUAUUACAGCUAUUUCUCGAGUUAACAAUCUUGACGAUUUUCUAUUGCUUGUUAGCAAUCUAACACACAACGUUUCAAUACUGAACAUUGGUCAAUUGUCAUUCGGACAAUCUUCAAAGCAUAAAUUAAAUCCGUUUGAAAAGAAUGCUUACGUUAUUGCGGAAACUGUCUCGACAUUCAGCGUUUCUAAAGAAGGUGAUUUGGUUCUUAACGCAAGUGCAGGCACUGUGCAGUCUCUGAAACUUGUAACAGAUUUUACAGAUCUUCAAAAGCGACCAAGAAUUGAAUAUAACCUCACUGUUGUAACAGAAGUCAAUAUGACAUGGAUUACCAAAUCUGGCCCAUUAAAGAAUAAAGUAACUAAUCUACCCUCACAUAUAAGUGAUCCACAGCCAUAUACCACUCCAAAUUUCACUGCUUUGGUUCCGUUGGUCAAUGGAACAUUCAAUGAUGAAUCUUCCUGUCGAAACGAAAUAUGCAAAUCUACUUCGAAAUCAAGCUACAACACAGGCUCAUACUACGUAUUUGAUGAUAUUACUGUAACAUUUGAAAGAUACAUCAGUAAACCAAAUAUAACCAGUACUAGAUUUGAAAAUGGAAGUAACACGACAUAUGCAGUCAUUUCUACUACGGAUGUUAAAACUGUCAUUGUGGUAGGCCCGCAUAGAUGUUAAAUGAAAUAAUAUAAACUCUUAUGAUAUACCUCUUUAUAUGUAAUAUAAAUAAUAAAUUAUAUUGAAACAUU